GCUGACGAUAAAGAAAAAGAAAAAGCUGAGUCUUCAGCCUUUCUUGUUCGCCGGGAACUCGCCAAUCCUCCACCGGCUGCCGUUUUCUUCUGAGCUCCACCACAAAUUAGGCGGAGCCACUUGGAAUCUCCGCUGCUCAGGAUUAACUGGAGUUGAGCUUGAGGAAUGGCCAAACAAUCCCAAUAUUUCUUCCUUGAAGAAUGGUUGAGGAGCGUCAUUUCUAUCAGUAGCAACGAGAAUGGUUCAGUGCAAUCCUCUACUUCCUCUGCUCAAGCAUUAAUCCAAGCUUGGGCCGACCUUAGAGACUCACUUAAAUCCCAGGCGUUCCAUGCUCGACAUCUCCAGGCAUUGGAGAUUCUUAUUGGUUCUCAAAAUGCCCUUUAUGUAGCAGAUCCACAAGCAAAACUUAUAAUUUCCAUUUUGUCUUCAGAAAGUCUCUCUCUUCCACAGGAAUCUUAUCCCUUAUUCUUUAGACUUCUAUAUGUUUGGGUUAGAAAAUCGAGGCAAAAUUCUUCGGUUGUUGAAUCUGCCAUCGAAGUGCUAUCACACAUUUUCUCUAGCAAAUCUUGUUGUGGACAAAGCUCCCUUUUCUUCUCCAAUGGGAUCCUACUCCUUGGUGCCCUUUCUUUCCAGACUUCUGCUUCUGAGAAGUCCAAAAGGCUUUGCUUGGAGUUGCUUUCGAAGUUACUCGAAGAAGAUUACCGAUCUAUUUUCUUGUCGGAUGAGCUAGCCACCAGCACUCUGGCAGGUGUUGGUUAUGCUCUUGCUUCCCCUGUUAUAGUAAAUUUUAGAAGAAUUGUAGAUAUUUUGUUCAGGAUCUGGGGCCGAGAUGGUGGACCCUUUGGUAUUUCUCAGGGACUCAUGCUACUGCAUGUGAUCGAGUGGGUUCUAUCGAAUUCCGCAAACCUGCAUUCCAUGGAUAUUAUUGAUGAUGUAAGAGAGCUUUUGGAGAAUGUCAAGCCAGCUCAUUCUUCAGUUGCUGUAGUCAUGACUGCUGCUGGAGUGUUGAGGACUAUAAAUAGAUCUGGAUUGACUGGCUUCAUGCCCAUAAUGAAUUUGGUAGAGGAUUGUCUCGAGGUUGUGGCAAAAGAAUUGGCUGCGACCAGAGGUGCUGACUGUCAUCUUGUGCACUGUAUGGCACUAGCUUUGGCUCGAAGUGGUUCCGUCUCCUACAGACCUUCUAUUCUCGCUACUCUUGCACUGGCGUUGUUGACCGAAGUAUUCCCUUUGCAGCGUGUCUACGAUAAGAUCCUUAAAGUUCCUGAAGAAAAUCAGGCAUCGCUACAUGAUGAGAUCAAAGACCACCUGAGUAGCUUCCUUUUCAAGGAAGCAGGAGCUAUAACUGCCGUCUUCUGCAAUCAGUAUGCACAUGCGAAUGAAGAUAGUAGGAGCUCGGUGGAGAGUCUGGUAUGGGAUUACUGCCAAUCAGUCUACUCAUGGCAUCGGCAGGCGACAUUGCUGCUUAAGGGCCAGGGACAUUAUCAACUCAUUAGCGACAUGGAGAAAAUUGCCGAAUCUGCUUUCCUUAUGAUUGUGGUUUUUGCAUUAGGAGUAACAAAACAUAGAUUAGACACGAGAAUAGACCAAGAUACUCAUUUACAAAUCUCGGUGAAAAUAUUGGUUUCGUUAUCAUGCAUGGAAUAUUUCCGUAGAAUGCGCUUACCUGAGUAUAUGGAUACAAUUCUAGCUGUUAUUGUAAGCGUUCAGGAGAGUGAAUCGGCAUGUGCCACAUUCAUAGAGUCUAUGCCUUCCUAUCAUCAUUUGAUCACUUAUGAUGGUUCUUCUAACCAACCUGAAAUGGAGCAUCCGUGGUCCACCGAUGAGGUUCAAACUGCCCGUGUCGUAUUCUUUAUGCGGGUUAUACCUACUUGUGUUGAUCGAUUACAUGCCUCUGUAUUUAGGAAUGCUGUGGCUCCCGUUAUGUUCCUAUAUAUGGGACAUCCCAAUGCAAAAGUUGCUAGAUGUGCACAUUCAGUUUUUGCAGCUUUUGUCACUUCUGGGAAAGAUCUUGAUCAGGAUGAAAGAGAUUUACUGAAAGAGCAACUAGUUUUUUAUUACAUCCAGAGAUCAUUAGAGGGUUAUCCCAGGAUCACUCCAUUCGAUGGAAUGGCUUCCGGAGUAGCUGCACUUGUUCGGAAUCUCCCUGCUGGUAGUCCAUCUACAUUUUAUUGCGUUAGUAGUCUCAUUCAGAAAGCGACCAGCCUCUGCAAUGCAGUUGAUGAUCCCGAUAUUGAUCUAUGGAAGAGCUGGGAAGGAGAGUUGGAGCCUCCUAAGAAAGUGCUUGAUCUGCUUUUACGACUACUUUCUCUGGUUGAUAUACAGGUUCUACCACAUUUAAUGAAGUUACUGGCCCAGCUGAUUGUCCAACUACCCUCGAAUGGACAGAAUGCACUCCUUAAUCAACUGUAUCAGCAAAUCGCAGAUUCUGACGAUGUUAUAAGGAAACCAGCUCUGGUUUCAUGGGUGCAGUCUUUGUCUUACCUAUGUUCUCAAGGUACCGACAGAAAAAGACCAGAAUCGGUAGGAGAAUCUGCAUCUGCUAGCACCACAGGCACGAUCAGCCUAAAUAGAAUCAGCGCACGUUUGUAGACGUCUAGGUGGAAAAUGGUUUAGUCUUCUUCUGUGGACUCUAUGCAGCUUGAACUUCUGAGUCACUAAUCACUGCCAAGAAAUGAUUCGAACGAGAUAGCUACCAGCCGGAUGAUGACUAACUUCGAUGGCCUCAAAACCUGUAACCGGCUGGCAUCUGCAUUACUGCCUAGCUAUGUCUCUCCUCCAUUCUUGAUUACCUGAUUACUGAGGUAUUUUGGUGUAUACUUCAUCAAGCCUGUUGAAAUCUUGUGUAAAUAUCACAUAGUUAGGACUCUAGGAUAUAAUUAUAUGGUGGGUUUUAGGAUUAAUAAGAAUUUUCUGCUACAUUCAAAGGUUAUGGUAAAAGACCCAAAUUGGCUUA